AAUGAAUUUAUUUGUGUCUCGGUGCCCAAGUGUGUAGUAUGGACGGAGUGAGUACUGGUAUGUGUCACUACGCGUGCGGCGGUGGUUGUUGAAGAUCCAUAGCUUGGGAGUGUUCCUGAGGGACCAACCGGUCAAGCUGUAUUGGUACGAGCAGAUACAAGGGGUCAAGUUCAACAGGAAUGAGUGCAUGUCUGGGAAGGAAAGUAUGGCAUUAAGACGAGUUCGAGGAGUUAAAGAGGAGGUGGGAGGGACUCGCUCGGGACUGUGUUUCUCAGUUGGUGGUGGUGGUGUUGUUGUUGGCCUGGUGUUGGAGAACAAUAGAGAGAAUCGGUUCAGUGAGUGUCAGUCAAGUGUACCUGUACUGUGUAGGUACUUCUCUUGUUACCAUCACCCGCUCCUCCUCCUCUCCUCACCACCACCACAAACUCAACAACAAACAGCAGCACCACCUCCUCAUUUCCCAUCCAUAAAACGUGAAUCAACACCCAUCCAAACAAAACACCUCAACCCGAAUCGCCCUCCGAUCCCUUUCACUUUCAUUCUCUGACACAUUAUCAUGGCGGAGAUUCGUCGAUGGAAAACACGUUGAGCUUGCCCUUUGGGAUACCGCGGGCCAGGAAGAUUACGACCGUCUCCGACCGCUUUCCUACCCCGACUCCCACGUUAUCCUGAUUUGCUUCGCC